UACAACAGAUGCAUCAUGGAAAAUGAGAGAAUAGGGAUUAGCGUGUACUGAAUAAACUGCUGGCUGAAGAAACAGGUCUCGCUGCUCCAAAUACAUCCUGUACAUUAGACUGUUUUAGUGGUAUUAACAUCACUACCCCUCAUCUCUGCUAUAUGCGGCUCCGCCCAUUCUUGGGACAAGGAUGGGGUUCGCGUUUGGUGUUAAAUCUUAUGUAAUGUCUGAGCGCAGGAACCGUGAGUGAGCGAUGGGGGGAGGCAGGGGGAGGCACGGAAAAGGAAAGAAAGUGUUGGAGCAGAGAGAAGUAGAGGAACGCAAAUGAUGGGAGCAAAGCCAUCGAAAAGAAGCAGCAUGAAGAAGGGGGUCCUACCCAUGGAGGGCAGCAGAGUGCCACCUCCAGCUGACGUGUUAGGGGGCAGUGGUGACGCUGCAGCGGAGGAUGAGGAUGAUGAAGAGUUAGGGGAAAGGAGGCAGUUUGACGAGCCCAUAUGUGCUUUGGUUCAGAACUGUACUGUCCUGCAUAACAUCGUGGGCCCCGCCUGCAUUUUUCUCCGGCAGAGCUUCGCUCACGCUCAGCUCGACAGGGAUCUACGUCCAGAGGAAAUUGAAGAGCUGAAGGAAGCCUUCAGAGAGUUUGACAAAGAUAAAGAUGGCUUCAUUAGCUGUAAGGAUCUGGGCGAGUGUAUGAGGACGAUGGGAUACAUGCCCACAGAGAUGGAGCUGAUUGAACUCAGUCAGCAGAUCUGUGGCGGAAGAGUCGACUUUGAGGACUUCGUAGAUCUGAUGGGACCAAAGAUGUUGGCAGAGACAGCAGACAUGAUCGGGGUGAAAGAAUUGAGAGAAGCUUUUAGAGAGUUUGACUCUAAUGGCGAUGGUCAGAUCAGUCUGGCUGAACUAAGGGAAGCCAUGAAGAAACUGAUGGGAGAGCAGCUUAACCACAGAGAGAUUGAUGAAAUCCUCAGGGAUGUUGACCUCAAUGGAGAUGGGCUGGUCGACUUUGAGUAGAGUAGUCCUCUAUGGCACCUAAAAUAAAUA